AUGGUGUGGCUGGGGACAGUCGACCAUUGGUACAUCGAGUCGUCCAAGUGCCAAUCCAUUUCGUCGGCACUGGACCGGCGGGAUGACGCUGUAGAGGUGGGCCGACUCGUGCUGGAUGAUGUGGAUGCAUUUGCUGCCGCGGUGGAAGGCAUGAAGACCAGACAUCGUUCGUUGUAUGCGACGAUCGGGCAUAGAAUGUCGCCCACGCAGAUCGUGUUGGUGCAGUCCAUACUGAAGAAGCUGUCGAGUUUGAAAAUGACAGAUGGGAAGAACCAACCUUGA